AUGAUCACGAUUGAAAGUUGGGGCCGCGACCCGACAGCCAUCAAUCAACUUUUAGAAUCGAUCAGGGCAGCCUACUUCGACCAAGGGCCUGGCAAAGUGGCGACAUUCCGAGCUUCGUGCGGUAAGGAGCCUGGGUGGGAGUUGAUUGGUUCACAGUCACGGGCUAUAUCCACCAUUGCUAUGGAUGCAAAGCAAAAAGAGGCCGUAGUGAACGACUUGAAGCGCUUCACCGAGCCGAGUGAGUCCAAAUGGCACUUGGAGCGAGGCAUUCCGUAUCGUCGCGGGUACCUAUUCCACGGGCCCUCGGGGACUGGGAAGACGUCCCUCUGCUUGGCCUUGGCCACUCUUUUCCAACUUCCUAUCUACAGUAUGAUUCUUGGUGCGAUGGACGACGAGCUUCUUUUCAAGCUGUUCCACCAGCUUCCACAGAGGUGCAUGGUACUUCUUGAGGAUAUUGACACUUCACCCGUUGCACAAACGCGUCCGCAGUACACGGAACCACAGCAAAGACAACAAGGCAACGGUCUCACACUGUCGGGUCUCCUCAACAUAAUCGAUGGCUCUGGGGCCCCAGAGGGGCGUGUUUUGGUUAUGUCGACCAACUACCCGGAUAAACUUGACCCGGCAAUCACCAGAUCCGGGAGGGUGGAUAUGAAGGUCAAGUUUGAGUUGGUGAACAAGGAAAGCGCAGGACUUCUCUUUCAGUCCUUGGUACUCGCAGGCUCGUCCGUCACGGAGAAAGAUUCUGCAAAUGUAAACGUCGACAACACAAGCCGUGAUCUCGCAGCAGAGUUUAAAGAAAACAUAUCCGAGGGCGUGGUCCGUCAUGCAGACUUACAGGAGUAUCUGGUAGCCAGAAGGCGUGAUCCGCGGGCUGCAGUGGAUGAAGUUUCUGCAUGGUUCGAAGCGGCAAGGUCACGAAUAAAGUGA